AUGCCAGAAGGACCAGAGCUACAUUUGACUUGCUUAUUUAUAAAUAGGACAUGCAAAGACCAAAUCUUCAGUGGGAAGAUUCUCCGCAAUCCGAUUCAUAAAUGUCCUGAUAUUGAUUGGGAUGAACCACAAUACACCAUAAGUGCUGAGUCUAAAGGCAAAGAGUUCAUGCUUCAUUUGAAUACAGUAUUAGAUGAUAUGAAUGGGGGAAAAAAUAAGAAGUCUCAGAAACUGCACUUGGAACCUGCACCAUCUUUGAAAAAGACCUUAAGUAUUCGUUUUACAUUUGGGAUGAGUGGAAGGUUUGAUUUCACUCCUGAAAAUGAAUGCCCUAAGCACUCCCACUUGCGCUUCAUAACUAAAAGUGAACCUAAAAUGUCUCUCAGUUUUGUUGACUAUCGACGUUUUGGCAAAUGGUUUGUGGGAGGACAAUGGUCACCGGACAGAGGCCCUUGUGUUAUUGGUGAAUUUGAAUCUUUUGUGUGAGUUUGUUUAAUGCAUUUCAGGACAAUAAAAAUUCAAUUAAUAGGUUUACUUGUGAUAUGCAAAUAAGGCUUUUUUAUUUACAUUUGAUAACUGUCAAAAAUUGCUCUUUAUAAAACAUAAACUGCACAAAAUAAACCAUUUUAUGUUGUUUUUAUUAAAAAAACUCAUACCUUCCUCUUCAUUGAUUCAUGUAAAAAUAUAAAACAUGGAAAUGACAAAUAGCAAAAAUUUUGUUAAAAUGAAUUUUUAUUUGGUACCGGUACCCAGUAUAUUAAAAAUAUAAUUUUGUUUUAAAUAUUUUGAAUACAGUAAGCCGAUUAGGGUUUUCAGUUUCUUUUUUUAAAUUUUAUAAUUUAAUAUAUAUAACCAGCAUGAGUGUUCAUUUUAUAAAUGACAACAUGUUUUAAGUUUGAUAAUUUAAAUAUUGGUAACUUACAAGGAAAGUGUUUAUUUGCAAUAUACUUUUUUAAAUGGUAUAUUUUGUUGCGGCUCUUUUUUUCUUCUGGUUUAUGUAUUGCAUUUAUACCAUCUGUGUUUUAGAAUAUCAUUUCUUAUAUUUAAGGGAAAAUAUAGUCAACAAUAUGGAUAAUCCUUCCUUCAAUAAACCAAUAUGUGAAGUACUGCUCAACCAAAAGUUCUUCAAUGGCAUUGGUAAUUACCUUCGUGCUGAAAUUCUUUUAAGGUUUGUUUUGAAUAGUUUCCUCUCAAUAUACAAAGCACUGGAACCCCACUGCUAAAUCUGGAUAAUAACAUGACUCUCUUGAGUCAUAUUGUAUUUGUAUGCUAUAAAGUAGUAUACCGGUAAUGUUCAAAUGUAGUUUUUUUCCCCCUAAUUUUCAUAAUCUUUAAAAGUUAUCCAGUUUUUCAGAUAGUCUUUUUAAUGCAUCAGUUCUUAGUGAUAUAUUAUAGCAUUUAAAUUUUGUUUAAAUGACUUUAUAAAUCUUGAUUAAAAAACCUGAAAUUGCCAUAACCAGUAACUGUUUUAAUGAUCUUAUAGUUGAUGUUUAUUUGAUGUUUUACUGUAUUUUAUAAACAAUUGUCAUUUGUGUUUAAAAACAGUUCUUUCAACAAGAAAAAAAAAAAAAGACAGAAGCCAAAAAAGAAAAUGUGUAAUCUUUAUUGUUUCCAUUUAUUCUUCUAGAUGUAAGGUUCCACCUUUUGAGAAAGCCAACAAUAUACUUAGACUAAAUGAGUUUAAAGAAGAGACUUCAGAUAUAAAAGCAGAGAUUAAAAAUGUAAUUAUUUAAUUAUGAAAUGCUAUUUACAAAAUUUAAAACAGUAAAUGGUAAUAAUAACAUUAAAUUAAUCUUAAUUUGCUUAUUGUUUCAGAUGAACUUUUUCAUAUUUUUUUUCAUGCAAUACUAUUGUACUAUUCAUUUAAGAUAAUAAUAUUGCUUUUUAAAUUCUUUAUUCUUAAACUUAAUGUGCUUUACAUGGUCAUUGACACAUAAGCUAUGACUGAAGAGGUCUACAUAAAUUAUGUUUGUUGUUGUAAUAUUUUUUUCAUAAUUUUCAGGAAUCUGAACCUGAAGACAGCAAAGGUCUGAACCAAAAAUUCAAUGGAAAAAAGUCUACAACUAAACAAGCGAAAGCUGCAAAAAAUGGAGGGAAACAUUCAGCAGAGUCUUUAAUGAAUGAUGUAAAAUUGGAACGAAAUACCUCCAAUCAGCAAGAUUACAAAACCAAAUCAGUUAUAGAGAAACUUACACCUCAAGCUCAAGAGUUGUUGAAAUUAUGUCACACUGUACCAAUAGAGGUUGUCAACUUAGGUAAAGAAGUAUAGAUCUUUGAUUAAAUAUUUUUACCAUCCAGCUCACAUUUUGGUAGGAUAGGAUAUGCAGAAAAUAUCACUCCUUUCUUUAAGGCAAAAGUCUUAUGCAGUCUAAAAAAAAAUAAAAAAGAUGGACAACCCGAACACUAUAUACCAGUACUUGAAUACGUUUCCACCUGGUAUUUUUAUUGAACUGAUUAUUCAAUCUGUAUCUAUUUAUAAAUCUCCUAUGAAUGUAGGAUCAACAAAAUAUGCUCUGGCUGAUAUGUAUGCUGAGGAUCAGGAGGAUGGAAGUCUGUCGUUUAAUACUUGGCUACAGUGCUACUAUCAGCCUGGCAUGAAAAACCUGGUGGACCACAAUAAAAGAACUAUUUGGUUUUCUGGACCUGCUGGCCCCCUGGUGCCC